GAGAGACCUAACAAACAACAGCAGGACACACAAGGCACACAACAUGUUCUGGAUCAUUAGCUUUUUUGCUUUGGUGGCUUCCACUCAAGGAUGUGGAGUGCCUCAACUUCAGCCGUUUGGUUUUGAUGCCAGGAGUAAAGUUUUGGAUAAAAUUCCAACUAUAGCUGAGGACGAAAUUCCAACUAUAGUUGGGGACAAAAAAACAUUUAUAGCUGUGGAAAACCGUCCAUCUGUAAUUGGGGGAAAUGAUGUCAUAAUUGGAAGGGAUGCAAACCCUUGGCCCUGGCAGGUCUCUUUCCAGACUUCCAGAGGUGGGCACUUCUGUGGUGGUACCCUGAUCAACAAUUAUUGGGUCCUCACUGCUGCCCACUGUCUAAUUACGCCUGGAAAUCAUUUUGUUGUCCUUGGACAGACUGACCGUGGCUCCAAUAAGGAACGUAUUCAGACCAAGAACAUUGCCAAGGUCAUCACCCAUCCCGAUUACAACAAACAGACCAAAUUUAACAAUGAUGUUACACUAGUGAAAUUGUCCAGUCCAGUGCAGAUGACGCCCCGUGUCUCUCCUAUCUGUCUGCCUGGCUCCUCCUCCACCAUCCUCCCUGGGACUAUUUGUGUCACCACUGGCUGGGGCAAAACUGAAACUGGAACUGAGUUGACUCCUCGGUUAUUGCAGGAGGCAAGAUUGCCGAUAGUGAGUCAGGCUCAGUGUAGGCUAAAAUUUAGUCCGAAACAAAUCACUGAUGCCAUGAUCUGUGCUGGAGGCUCUGGUGUCUCCUCUUGCCAGGGUGAUUCUGGUGGUCCUCUGGUGUGUGAGAGUUCAGGUGUUUGGUAUCAGGUGGGCAUCGUGUCCUGGGGCAAAAUAGACUGCAAUGUUAACAUUCCACUAGUUUACACCCGUGUCUCUUAUUUUCGCAAUUGGAUUGAUAGAAUUGUUCAAUUCCAUGAUCAUGGUUACAGUACAGAACCUGUGCAGACGAAGAAAAUUACGUUGCAUGUCUCCGUGAUGUUCUGGAUCAUUAGCUGUUUUGCUUUGGUGGCCUCCACUCUGGGCUGUGGAGUGCCCUCCAUUAAACCAGUAAUUAGCGGCUACAACAAAAUUGUGAAUGGAGAGAAUGCAGUUUCCGGUUCUUGGCCCUGGCAGGUCUCUCUCCAGCAAUCCAAUGGCUUCCAUUUCUGCGGAGGAUCGCUGAUCAACCAGUACUGGGUCCUCACUGCUGCUCACUGUCGUGUUCAGGCUGGAUAUCACUAUGUUAUCCUUGGAGAGCAUAACCGCGGCUCCAGCACUGAAGCUGUUCAAGUCAUGAGGAUUGCCAAGUCCAUUACCCAUCCUUACUACAACAGUCAGAACUUCAACAACGACAUUACCCUGCUGAAACUGUCCACUCCAGCCCAGCUGACGUCCCGUAUCUCUCCUGUGUGUCUGGCUGCCUCCUCCACCAGUAUCCCCUCUGGCACUCGCUGCGUCACCACGGGAUGGGGCAAAACUGGAACCACCUCAAGUCCUAAUAUCCUGCAGCAGACCGCGCUGCCGCUUCUGAGUCCGACCCAAUGUAGGCAGUACUGGGGUCAGAGAAUCACAGAUGCCAUGAUCUGUGCUGGAGCCUCUGGGGUCUCUUCUUGUCAGGGUGAUUCUGGUGGUCCUCUGGUGUGUGAGAGCUCAGGUGUUUGGUAUCAGGUGGGCAUCGUGUCCUGGGGCACCAGCGACUGCAACGUUCGCACCCCAGCCGUCUACGCCCGGGUCUCUUACCUCCGCCAAUGGAUUGACCAGAUCGUCGCCUCCAACUGAAGAACUUUUUGAAAAUAAUGCCAAUAAAAAUACU